AUGGCGGUCUCCCCCCUUCCGUCGCAUCCUCCGCUCUCUGUGCCGGUGGCUGUGGUUGUCAUGGGCCCCUCGGGCACGGGCAAGAGCACAAUUGGUCUCCGCCUUGCACAGGAGCUCGGCUGGGACUUUGCAGAAGGUGACAAUUAUCACCCCGCGGGCAACGUGGAAAAGAUGGCGUCGGGUGUGCCUCUUAAUGAUGAGGACCGCUUGCCGUGGCUGAAAAUUCUGCGCACUGAGGCCAUAGAGGGUGCGUCGAGGGCGGCGGCAGGAGGCGGUGUCGUGCUUGCAUGUUCCGCGUUGCGAGAGUCGUACAGGGACGUGCUUCGCUCGGACCACUUGGGCGACAGUGGAAGAGUGAAGGUGUUCUUUGUGGAGCUUUUUGGCGACAUCGGGUUCAUUUCCAAACGCCUGCAGGGGCGUCAUCAUGCGUAUAUGCCGGCUUGUUUACUUGCAUCGCAGUACGCCACGUUGGAGCCGCUGCGGCCGGAGAAGGGCGAGUUUGGGGUGCGAGUAUCCGCGGCGUUGGAACCCGAGAAGAUUGUGGAACGUGUCGUGGAGGAACUGAGGCGGUGGCUGCAUCUUUGA